AUGGAAGGGAUUCCAUAUGCAUUAGUAGUUGGGACCUUAACGUACGCAGAGACUUAUACGAGGCCAGACACCAGUUUUGCCAUUGGAAUGCUCAGCCGAUAUCAAAGUAAUCUAGGGAUGGACCACUGGAAGGCUACGAAGAAAGUUUUGAGGUACUUGCAAGGAACAAAAGAUCACAUGCUUACUUAUAGGAGAUCUGAUCAUCUCGAGGUGAUUGGAUAUUCAAAUUCAUAUUUUGCUAGGUGUGUUGAUACAAGAAAAUUCACAUUUGUCUAUUUGUUCCUUUUAGCUAGAGGAGCUACAUCAUGGAAGAGUGCGAAGCAGUCUAUUAUUGCUACAUCCACUAUGGAAGUUGAGUUUGUGACUUGUUUUGAGGCCACAUUCAAGGGAAUUGGUUAUAGAACUUUAUUCAAGACUUGGAAUAGUUGA